CUUUAGUGCUAUUAUCCAUCCCAUCGAGGCCAUAUUCGCCCGGCCAGCCAGGCCGCCCCUAUAAAUACUCGAUAUAUGCCUUCAGACCCGACCACGGCUGCUGCACCGAACUUCUCGUCUCCCCUGUUUCUCUGCCCCGUUCUCCCUCCCCCCCCCACUAUCCACCUGCAAAAUGGCCAAGGCUGAGAAGGUCGCCGUUUCCAAGAAGAAGACCACCACUUCGACCAAGUCGGCUCGCAAGCCCAACCCCUACAACGUCUUUAUGAAGGACGAGCUCAAGAAGCUCAAGGACGCCAACCCGUCCCUCAGCCAUCGCGAGGCCUUCAAGCAGGCCGCCUCGAACUGGAAAACCUCAGACAGGAACCCUAAGAAGGAGUAAAUAUGAAACUCCCUCCAAGCUCCGGCGACCUUAAUUUUGUGUAUUUAAGCUUCCCGAUUGCCCAACUCUCCCCCCGAAACCCAGCCGCGCUCCUAUUCUGUCGCUCUUGAUGUAGGGGCCGUCCGUGCUUCCAAGCCAAUGCGCCCCCGCCCUCCAUGUGUCCAUUCCACCCCACCACCCUCGACAACACCUCGCGCGUUGCUGCGACAGCGCUGUGAUUUGUGGGUCGACAGGCUCGGUUCUGCUCGCAGUUUUGUGUUUCUGCUUUCCCAUUUCAUCCAGCGAUAAAUAUUCAUCUGUCCUCCUUGCA